GACCUAAUUUUCAGCAUAAGAAUGGAAGGGAAUAUGGGGUGGAAAUAACACCAUGACGUCAAUCGAUUAUUUCUUUUUUACUGCACCGUCUUUAUUUUGGAAAGCUUCUAACAGAAAGAGUUUCCUAGUCCUGAAUUGGUUUGCCUUUUCUAUUCCGAUUGCCUUACCAAUUGUACCUCCCUCCUAUAAAUAGGAGUGAUCUCUUUCACCGAUACAAUAUUGAGCUAAGGAAAGCAAAAAUACCAUGGCUACGGCUGCUAAAACCCUAGCAAAACCUGUCAAGAUCGUUGAAGUAUUUUCAGAGAAUUGUGAAACAGAAUUUCAGCGAAUAUGUGCAGCUUUAACGAGGUAUCCGAUAAUUUCAAUGGAUACAGAGUUUCCCGGGGUCAUUUUUAAGUCGAAUGUUCAAACCCUAGAUUAUAAUAAGAAGCAAACUCCGUUUGAGUAUUAUCAGAUCAUGAAGAACAAUAUUGAUGCUUUGAAAUUGAUUCAAGUAGGUUUAACACUUAGUGAUGCACAGGGAAAUCUUCCAGAUAUCGGUACCUAUACAUGUAUCUGGCAGUUUAAUCUGUCGGAUUUUGAUGUUUCCAAAGACUUAUGUGCUGCUGAUUCAAUAGAGCUUCUUAUAAAACAAGGAAUCAAUUUUGAAAAGAACAGAAGAGAGGGCAUUGAUUCCAGAGUGUUUGCUAGAAUGCUACUUCAAUAUGGUAUUGUCUGUAAUCCUGCUGCUGGACACUUCUUUUACAAAUAUUCACUGAAUUGGAUAACUUUCCAUAGUGGUUAUGAUUUUGGUUAUCUUAUAAAACUUCUGAUUUAUCCGGAUCCAUUACCAACCCGUCUCGAAGAUUUUAUGUGCCUUGUAAAACGUUUUUUCGGAACAAGAGUUUAUGAUAUCAAGCAUAUGAUGAAAUUUUGUCAAGGGUUGUUUGGAGGGUUAGAGAAUGUGAGUAAAGUACUCGGAGCUGAAAGAGAAGUGGGUAACUGUCAUCAGGCCGGAUCAGAUAGUUUAUUGACACUCAAGACUUUCGUGAAAAUGUAUGCCAAAUACUUCACCAACCAAGACAUUCAUAGGACAUAUGGUGGAGCACUUCAUGAUCUGAUUUUUCCAGCGGAUGUGCAGAUUAGAAGCAAUUAUGGAAUGGUGGUGCCGAUUAGUAGAAGCUAUGAUGCCAAUAUGUACCCAUAUAAUUGUCACCUUUACAUAAAUGAUUUUCCAGUUUAUUCAAAUUUAAUUAAUUAA